UAAAAGCCUUGACCGAUGCACCGUCCUUUCACCUACCAACUCUACUUCGACCAUUACGCAGCGAUUCUUGAUUCCAUUCUCUCCGGCGGCGGUGACACCAUGGCCGCCCAGUUGCGUUUCUCCCCGCUACAACCCCCCGUCGCAUCCUUUGCCCAAGUUCGCCGUUCUUUCGCCGGAAACCUUCUCAAACCAUCGAUCUUUCUCCCAACCACCUCUCCUUUCUCUUCCUCUGCGUCCCUCUCCCUCGUUCCCAGAUCUUCAAACCCUAACCUCUCCCAAACUUUCACCGCCGGCGGCGGUGGCAUCGGCGGGGGCGGCCUCGGAGGUUCUGGCGGCGGCGGCGGAGAUGAGAACGAUGGGAGGUCCGGCGGAAAUCCGGAGCGAUCUGAUCUGAUCGGUCCGAUCGGGCUUUUUGUCAACGGAUGGCGAGCAAGGGUUUUGGCUGACCCCCAGUUUCCGUUCAAGGUUCUCAUGGAGGAGGUGGUUGGCGUUUCAGCCUGCGUGUUCGGCGACAUGGCCUCCCGUCCAAACUUCGGCCUCAACGAACUCGAUUUCGUUUUCUGCACGCUCGUUGUUGGCUGUAUCGUUAACUUUGUUCUCAUGUAUCUCCUCGCGCCGACCACCGCCGUCUCCUCAACGGCCGCCGCCGCCGCCGCUUCCCUCCCGAGCUACAUGUUCGAGCCGGGGGCCUUCUCGCUUGCUGAACGGAUUGGAACGUUUGCUUACAAAGGGGCUACGUUCGCUGCAGUUGGAUUUGCCGCUGGGCUGGCGGGUACGGCGAUCUCUAAUGGGCUGAUUUCACUAAGGAAGAAGAUGGAUCCGGAGUUCGAGACGCCUAACCAGGCUCCGCCGACGGUUCUUAACGCGAUCACUUGGGCGCUGCAUAUGGGAUUGAGCAGCAACAUCAGGUACCAAACGCUGAACGGUUUGGAGUUUGUGAUGGAGAAGGUACUGCCGCCGGUGGGUUUUAAGUCAUCGGUGGUGGUGCUCCGAGGUCUCAACAAUGUGUUGGGAGGCAUGUCUUUCGUGCUUCUAGCUCGAUUAACAGGAUCGCAGAAGGUGGUAUCUGAUGAGGCGAAGGUGAGCUUGAUUACUGAUGGAUCGGCCACGGAUGGAUCGACGGCCGUGGAGUCUGAAGACGGGGAGUUGCAGAGGAACGAUUCUAAUUGCAAGUAAGUGUUUAGCUGUUUUGUUUCGCUGAAUCUAAAUGUAAAUGAAGAAAACGGGUGCAAUGGCUUUUUUGCUCUUUAGCUAGAAAGUAGAGGGAGAAUUGAAGUGCAAUGGUUAUAUUUUUAUGGAACUUCUUUCUUCUUCUUCAUUUGCCAUUGUAAUAACGAAAGUUUCUAUUUUUCUUC